AUUAAGAUACAUGACAGGUGACUGAUGCACAAACAAUGAGCCCUGAGGCACACCCAGUGUUCGCAGCGUUUAAAAGGCGAGAGGCUGAGCUCCUUCUGCAUCCAGCCUCAGACUCCUGGACUAACAGAUUUGGAUUUUUCAGGUCAGAAACUUCCCUACAGAAAAAAGCAAGAUGAUUGCAAUUUUCUUCUUCUUCCUUGCCAUCCCGAUGGCAGAGAUGGCGGCUAUUCCUGUGACAGCAGUUGGCAGUGUAAACCAAAUCAAUGAGACCGCGGAUGUCUCAAAAGUCAUCGCCAAAGCAAACGCUGGCAUAAAAUCACUGAUCUACGGUGACAUUGCUCCGAACAAAAAUAGGAACGCAGUCCCAUGCACGGCCACCGGCUGCACAUGGCCCAAAACUGGAAGCUAUGUCUACAUUCCCGUCGACAUCUCCCCCGUAUACUCCGUGGCAGAGCGUAACAUCAUCAUCAAUGGCCUGGUGAGCUUCUACACCUCCACCUGCAUUCGCUUUGUCUGGAAAAACUCAGCCCAUCGGGACUACCUUUACUUCUUCCCUGGAAGCGGGUGCUCGUCCUACCUGGGCCGUCAGGGCGGACUGCAGAUUGUGACUCUGCAGAGAAAUGGCUGCGUGUAUCACUCCAUGGUGCAGCAUUCGGUCAACCACGCUCUGGGCUUCCACCACGAACAUGUCCGCUCUGACAGAGACUCCUACGUCAGGGUCCUCACCCAGAACAUCAUCCCAGGGCAAGAACAAAACUUUGUUAAGAUACCGACUAACAACCUGGGCACUCCCUACGACUUCAACUCCAUUAUGCAUUACAACAAGUAUGCCUUCUCCAUAAAUGGCCAACCGACUCUCCUUUCCAGAGCUAAUCCUUCCCUCAACUUUGGAACGGCCACAUCGAUGAGUGCCAACGACAUCACCCGCAUCAACAGGCUCUACAGAUGCUCUUGGUCAGCAUUUUCUUGUGUCAGACAGGAUCUGAGCCUCAGCUGCUCCUUCAGCUUUAGGACCUUCAUCAUGAUCCCGGUUUUUCUGUCCCUUCUCUUCAACUCAGUGCAAACUGUUAACGUGAGUCCUGUAGUAGAACCUGCUCAGUAUCCCAAGCUUAUGGAUAUCUUUAAAAGCGUCCCAAAACUACAAGCUGACAAAGAGCCAAAGCGAUAUGAUGACAUUGCUAUGCCAAAAAUCUUUAAGAGGAAUGCAGACCCGUGCACCAUCGUAGGCUGCAAGUGGUUCAAAUCUGGAGAGCACGUCUACAUACCAUACUACAUCGACACUAAUUACUCUCCGGAAGAACGACAUCAAAUCCUUGCAGUUCUUCAACGAUUCAACAAGUCCACCUGCAUCCGUUUUGUACCGUUUAAAUUGAAGAAUUCUGAUUACCUUUAUUUCUAUACUCGACCUAAUGAAGGGUGUUGGUCCUACAUUGGCCGUCAGGGAGGAGGGCAGUUCAUCUCUCUGGAGAGAAAUAAAUGUCUGCGAACCUCUACGGUGAGCCACGAGGUCCUUCACGCUCUGGGCUUCAACCAUGAGCAGGUCCGCAUCGACAGAGACGAAUACAUCCGCGUUUUAUUCCAGAACAUCAAACCAGAGCAAAGGUUUAACUUUUGGAAGGUACGAACCAACAACAUGGGAUCUCCUUACGACUACAACUCUGUCAUGCAUUACAAGAAGUAUGCUUUUUCUAAAAACGGGCAGCCAACCAUCGCUGCCAGGUCUCAUCAAAUCCACAGCUUUGGAAACUCAUACGGAAUGAGCAACACUGACAUCGACCGAGUCAACAAACUUUAUAACUGCAGGAAAAACCAGUUUGCUUCAGCAGGAAGCAGCUUCAGUCGCUGCUUCAUCCUCUCUGACUUCAUCUCAUCAGUUGCAGGUGUCGAGCUGCAGAGAAACUCCACAAUGACUCCAAAUGUUCUCGACCUGCUCUUUCUUUUGAUGGCCGACAUGUCUCUGAGUGCUCCAACUAAAAUUGAGAAUCCAGUCAAUGAAACGGACAACUCUCUGGAAGUCAUCCCGAGACCAAAAAUUGAUUUUGAAUCAUACAUAUUCCAGGGAGACAUCCUCGUACCGAAAACCACAAACAAGAAUGCAGAUCCAUGUGUUGUGAAAGGCUGCCUGUGGCCCAAACAUGGACGCCACGUCAAUGUGCCAUACGUCAUCUCUCCUUACUAUACUCAAGAAGAACGCAACAUCAUUCUUACAGCACUCUGGAGCCUUCAGUGGACCACCUGCAUUCGCUUUGUCCAGAAUAGUUACAAUACUCGGGACUUCAUCUACUUCAUACCAUUGAAUGGGUGUAGGUCCAACAUGGGACGUCAGGAUGGCGGACAGUACAUCUCCCUGGCGAGACCUGGAUGUUUGUCCCACCGCACAGUUCAGCAUGAGGUUCUUCACGCUCUGGGUUUCAACCAUGAACAGGUCCGCUCUGACAGAGACGCAUAUGUUAAGAUUCUCUUUGAAAACAUUAAGGAAGGAAAAGAUAACCAGUUCAGAAAAGUAGAGACCAACAACUUGGGAACUCCCUACGACUUCAAGUCCGUCAUGCAAUACGGAAAAUAUGCAUUCUCCAAAAAUGGGCUGCCUACCAUUGUGGCCCAGUUCAAUCCUAACUAUGACUGGGGGCGAGCCACUCAGAUGAGCGCCAACGACAUCGCCCGCGUCAACAGGCUUUACCAAUGCAGUGAGUCUUAAAAAUCUCUGAAACUGCUAUAGUACUCUCUAAAUGUCUCCUUUUU